CUCUCUCUCUGUGUUUUAUUAAUGCUUUUUUUUCCCCUCACAAAUAUUCACGGUGAGCAUCUGAAUGAAUCUGUGCCCAGAGAUUAUUUCAGAUAAAGGGUAGAAAUUUAAAAAAAAAAAAUCGAGAAUUUUAAAGAGCAUCGUUUGAAGAUCGUCGUGAGAGAGAGAGAGGGGCAAGGCGGAUUCACGAGCUUUGAGCUGUAGUUCCGUCCCUCCUUUUGUAACCCGGCCCCGCCCGUUUUCUUUUCCCUUUUCCAGAAUUUUCCCGAGAAAGUGUUGGUUUCCCGGUAAAAUUUUGUCGCUUCUCCAUUAUCUCGGCUGCGGUCUGUCUCCAGAGAGGGGAGAGCUCUUUAAAGUUCGUCUCUUUCUCUCUUGUUUAGCAGUUGGGUACUGAUCGAAACAUGAACUGAACGGUUGUUUGUCUAUUUGGGGUCUGGAUUUUCUGGUUUUCUCUGAUUCUGGCCUGAAGGGUCAUAGAUCUCGACAGGUGGCUUCAAUUUGGCAGUUUUACGAGGGAAGAGCAAAACAUAAGCAUUGGUGUCUCGAUCGUGAUUUUGUGUAUUACUGGGUGUCGUGUCGGAUACCUGUUGUUUCAGACUUUUGGAUUUGUCUCUCCUUCUAAUUUGCCGAGCAAACCGGGAAAUCGGCUCUCAGCAUAGAAAAAGGCUUUUCUUUCUUCAGCAAGCAACUGAGGAGAUUUCGGGUUUUUCUUUUCUUUUUUUGGCCCCUUUUUUUUUUCCGUUUCCCUUAAAUUCAGCUGUCCUAACGUCAAAGCUCAGACACUCGCUUGCGUGUCUCUCCCCAAAAAGCCCCAGAUCUCUCUCCCUCCCCCUCUAUCUUCUGUUUCUGGGCUCUUCCUGAGAAGAACCCAUCUCUCUCUCUCUCUCUCUCUCUCUCUCUUUCUCCGUGUUAGAAUCAUGGUGUCUGAUAAAGGGUCGGGGAAAAAAUCAAACCUUGAGCGAUUCCUCAAUUGCACAACACCCGUGGUGCAAUCACGAUCUCUUCCCAAGGCGGGGAUUAGGAACCUGAACAGGAUAUGGCAUCCAUGGGAGAGGGAAAAGGUCGAGUUUUUCAGAUUGAGUGAUCUUUGGGACUGUUAUGAUGAAUGGAGCGCUUACGGGGCAGGCGUUCCCAUUCGGCUGACAGAUGGAGACUCUUUGGUCCAAUACUAUGUCCCUUAUCUCUCCGCCAUCCAGAUUUUCACUUCUCGAUCUUCCUUGAUCUGUCUAAGGGAGGAGUCUGAAGGAGGGGAUUCGUUUAGCGAUUCAUGUAGCGAAGAGAGCGAGUCUGAUAAAGUAUGGAGAAUGGAGGGAUGUGGUGCAGCAUCCGAGGAAGGGUUCGAUCAUCCUGAUGCCCUCUUGCAUCCAAAUGAUCGUUUGGGUUACCUUUAUCUCCAAUACUUCGAGCGAUCUGCUCCUUAUGCCCGGGUUCCGCUCAUGGAUAAGAUAAACGAAUUGGCGGAGAGAUUCCCGGGGUUGAUGACGUUGAGAAGUGUAGACCUUUCGCCCGCAAGUUGGAUGGCGGUGGCGUGGUACCCUAUCUACCAUAUUCCCAUGGGAAGGACCAUCAAGGACCUAUCCACUUGUUUCCUCACUUAUCACACCCUCUCCUCUUCAUUCCAAGAUAUGGAACCGGAAGAAGAAAAGGGCGAAGACGAGGGAGAGAUGUCGUUAUUACCGUUUGGAUUGGCGACUUACAAGAUGCAAGGGAGCGUUUGGAUGUCGGAGGAGGAUAAAGGGCACGACCAGGAGAGGCUCGUUUCGCUGUUAAGCGUCGCGGAUUCGUGGCUGAAGCAGCUCAGAGUUCAGCACCAUGACUUCAACUACUUCUGUGGAGUUAUGUCUUCCCGCUGUGGCUGAGCCCCUUAACCGUUCGGACCGUUUUUGUGAUUAAUUGUGUUUUUUUUUCUUGUGCUUUUGUACGGACCCCGUCCGUCCGUAGCUCUGCUCCAAACGGCUUACGGACACCCUGAGGCCUGAACGGUUUUUUUUGCUUUUGCAAGCAAAGGAAAAAAAAGGUCUUUUUAACCAUGGAGGUUGUGUAUGUAAAAUGUUGAUCGGUUUCUUUUUGUAAUGUUAUAUAUAACAUGAUUGGAGAGCCUUUGUUUAUCAUUU